AUGGCACAAGGAGCACAGGACUAUUUGGAUAUUAAAUAUCCGAAGGAACAAAGAAAAGAAAUAGUUGACAUUGAAAUCGAAAAUAAGGAGAUAGUUUAUCUUAAUAAUAAUUUGAUUAGUUCCUUCGAACCUGACUUAGGUUCCUUCGAACCUGAAGUAAGUUCUUUCGAACCUGAAUUAGGUUCCUUCAGACUUGAAUUAGGUUCCUUCGAACCUGAAUUAGGCUAUAUCGAACCUGAAUUAGGUUCUAUCGAACCUGAAUUAGGGAACAACGAAAACGAUGAAGAAGCACAUCAAGACCCGACACGAACCUACGAAAAGAAGCACCAAAACGACAAGAAAAAUCUACCUAAAGACCCAAAGAAGAGAAUUUAUCGAAAGAUCACCGAAAAUGACGAAGAACGCCACCAAGACCAACCAAAAAGAAAUCCACCGAAAGAUCAAAGAAACACCAAAAUUCAACGAAAAGGACCACCAAAAACGACUAAGAAACACACCGAGACCCAUAGGAACUUAUCAAAAAGAAAUCCGCUGGAACGACGAGAAGAAAUUCACCGAAAGAUCCAAAGAAGCACCGAAAUUCGACGAAAGAGACCACGAGAAGAAGCACCGAAUACGACGAAAAAAGACACCGAAUACGAUGAAAAAGAAACACCGAAUACGACGAAAAAGAAACACGACCAAAAUGCGACGAAUAAAGAAGCACCGGAAACGCGAUAA